CCAAGGGGCGAAGCAUUCCAGUGCUGGUCGACAUGACAUGAACGACGGAUCGACCUCUUGCGGGUCGCCGUCUCCAUCGCCCACAAUGCUCCGGUUGGAGAUAGGAAGCGUAGGCGGUCAAUGUGGACGCUUUACACUUGGAAUGUAAACACAUUAGUCCGAAAACGGUUGCGCUUUAAAGAGUGAGAGGAGUCCCAUCCUAACGGACAUCCUUUCCCUCCAACCCACCACCCACCAGCAGCUCUCUCGCCCAACUCCAGGGAGGACUAUCCGGCGGUACAUCCUACAAUCGCUCAUUCAUUUCUCUUACUCUCUACCGCAUCUCACAGUGUUGAGUGAUCUUGCCUGCGUUUCGUCGCAAAAAACAUCUCUCUCUGUGCUCAGUCAUUCAUUGCAACCUCACUGUCGCUACUAUCCGAUUUCGGACCCUAUCUGCAAAACCACACAGUCACGCUCUUUCGCACCGGUCUAUCCUCUACUACCAUACGACGGAACAUUCACCAUGCCUCGCAUCCCUGUCAGAACCGAGCCAUACACCUCGCCGGCCCGCCAGCAGCGGCACUACAAGAACAAACGCGAUCAGAUGCUGCGCACUCUAGGGAAAGCAUCCUAUAUCAAUGGAUCUCACUUUGCGAUUCUGCUCGUCAGCGCCAAAGGCGAGGUGGAGACCUUUGCGAGUGAACUCCUAAAACCAUGCCUCAGCUCGUGGUUCAACGGCAAUGUCGUGGAGGAGGCCAGGAACCUAGCAACGCGUGCGCGCACGAUGCAGCAGCAGCAAGCCCAGAUUGAGAAGCAGGCAGAAACCUCACCGGCGUCUUCCCUCCCCAUCCUGACUUUCCCUCCUGUUGAAGAGGAAGGCGACAUGACUCUCGAAGACUUGCCGGAGUCACCAUCCCCUUCCCGUGAUGGCUCUCCCUUCUCUCUCAACGGACAGGCCAACAACCUUCUUCGACCCAUGCUACCAAGUCGUUCUCAGUCUCUCCGCGUCGCGCCCAAGCUCGCUGCCCUGGACAUGGACGCCGCCAACAUGUUGAAAUACCGGUCGAACUCCGCUUCCUACGCACCCUCGCCUACUUCAAGUGUUCCCACUGUCUCUCCAAACCCUGUCGGCCCCGGCAUGCAGACUCUUAUUAUCCCCAUGAACCAGCUUGAUGCCUGGUAUACAGACAAAAUGCACGCUCUUCAACAGACCACCUGCAAGUUGGUUGCCAAGUGUUGGAUUAAAGUGAUCGAACCGAAGAAACAGACCAAGCAUCCCUAUAACCUGGGCGAGGAGGGCAAACCUAUCUGGUGGCCCAAGGGACUUCAGCAUCGCGAGCCGGAUCACCUUCUCAAGCCUGAGCGGACUCAGUUGCUGCUAUCAAUCCUUCGUUCCCCGCUCAUCUUGGUCUCUCGCCUCGAGCUCAGCACCGCCGAGCAGAAUCAUCUCAUCCCUCCUGAGCGCAUUGUCAUCCUCAGGGAGCUGUACAAAGUCGCCCGCGAGGAUGAGAAGCGUCGUCGGGGCGAGGUCCCUGCUGAUCAAGACAUCGUCGUCCAGGUCCCGGCACCUCCUCCCCACACUGGUCCUCGUAUGCCUUGGCCUGGUGAUGAGAACUACAGCGCCGAGAUGAACUUCAAUGGCAAGCGCCCGCGGCUGUCUGAUCCAGAGAACGACGGUCAGCCUUGGCCGUAUAAUAUGCCGACAGAGGUUGGACCACUUGGCGAGCGUAUCAACGGCGUGCCUUCUCCAGCACUCAGCGGACAGCUCAAUCAAUGCAUGUCUGGUCUCGGUCAACCGAUUGAGAUGGUUCAUCCUGGCGAGGGUCCCUUCUUGUAUGCACCUCCCCCUUGGCCCAACACAAACCCUACUCUCCAGCUUCCUCCCGGCGACUUCUACUUCCACGCAUCGCCUGCCAGCGACAUCUCUCGUCCUGUUUCAGCUCACACCUUCGAGUCGGGCCCGUCUCGCCCUCUCACUGCCAAUACCUCCCUCGAGUCUGACGUCUCGGAUGACCGCAUGCAGUUCCCGAACGCAUUGGGCAACAGUCUCACCGUUCCUCAUCUCCUGCACCGUUCUCACUCUUUCCCUGGUAGCGCCCAUCCCCAAAUUGACAUGAACUUUGGCGGCGCCUCUCCUUUGGCUUAUUCCCAGCAAGCACCCACUUUUGCUUUGAACGACAACAUGACCGCCCCUUCCUCUCAGGCCGAGCCUCCCAAUCCGUUCGGCUUUGCGCCCAGCAAUCAGCCCCGUAACCAAUUUAACUUCAACAUGCACGAUGCUCCUUUUCAGGAUUCGAGCGCCUCCUUCGAGGCGCCCAACCCCUCUUCGUCUUUGACAGCUUCUCCAGAUAGCUGGACUUCACCCCAAGAGGAGCGCAGCCAAAACAGAAUCCAGAUCAUGCCUAUGGCUCUUCACCUCGAUCCCACCCACGCCUCCGCUAAGGAUUCCCCUUCUAUGGGCAUGAUGCAGUGGCUCAACGACUCGGUCCAUGGCACUCCUGCAGUCGACAGUCUCGCUUCUUCGGUUGCGCUACAGCACACUGAGGUUGCUUAGAGCGAUUAUUUUCUUGUGAUUAUGAUUUUGCUUUCCCUUUUUCACGCUUACCUCAUCAUUGCGUUACCCC